AGAUAAUCAAACCAACUUACCUUUCUUCAUCGGCCUCCCUACAACUUUGUACUCUGUCCAUCAGCUCCACCUGACGCCCUCCCACCAUGUCAUCCUCCAAACGGCCACCUCCACCGCCUCCGCCACCACUGCAACCGUCGCCCUUCUACUAUACCCCUUUGCCACCGCAACCCCAGGACGACCACCAGGACUAUGUAGUCCUGCUCCCUUACCGCCCCACUAGCCGGCGGUGCAUGCUGUGCUUGGCUUCCUUGAUCAUGAUGAUCAUUCUAUCUCCGCUGAUCAUCUACAUCUCCUGGCCAUCUGAUCCGGACCUGAAGAUCGUCCGCAUGAGGCUGAACCGGGUCAGGAUCCACCGGUCGCCACGUCUUCUCAUCGAUGCGUCUAUUUCGCUUACGAUAAAAGUCCGCAACCCUGACAUAUACUCCCUGGGGUACCAGACGCUUGAUGCGUCGGUUGGGUACAGGGGGAAGGACCUGGGUUACAUGAGGUCAGACGGUGGUCAUGUCAGGGCGCUGGGGUCGUCUUACAUGGAUGCUGAACUGGAGCUUGAAAGUGUGGACCUAUUGACGGACGUUGUCGACUUGCUGGAGGACUUGGCUAAGGGGACGGUACCAUUUGACACUGUGACUGAGAUUACAGGACAACUCGGCCUGUUGUUCCUCGAGUUCCCCUUGAAGGCAAAGGUGUCAUGCGAGAUUCUGGUGAAUACAAGGAAUCAAACAUUCGUCCGGAAAAACUGUCACCCUGAGUGACAAAGCAGGAAAGGUCGAUUACAAGGCUUCUGGCUUUCUACUUUCUUACACUGUACUAUCAAAGAGUUCGAGUACCGGAAAAUGGAUGACACGCAAUACUGUGUAUUGCGUCAUGAAUAUAUGGAAAUGACCCGAAAGAUAUAUAAGCGCAUACUGUGUUAAACAGGGUUAUACUAUUAGGUUUGCUUUUGCACGCUUUGAUUGUACAAACCUGAACUACAUAUUCACUGCUCAACCUCGACCUGUCGGCCAUUUAUAGUUAUACUGA